CUCUCUCUCUCUCUCUCUCACUCUCUCUCUCUCUCAGGCAGUGUGAGGUUGGUGAAUGGUGGAAGUCUCUGUGCUGGGAGAGUGGAGGUUCUUCAUGAUGGUCAGUGGGGAACAGUGUGUGAUGAUGACUGGGAUAUGAGAGAAGCUGCAGUGGUGUGUAGAGAGCUGUGCUGUGGGGAGCCUGUAAAUGUUCGGUAUAAGGCUCACUUUGGACGAGGAUCCGGACCAAUCUGGAUGGAUGAUGUGAACUGUAGAGGAUCAGAGUCGACACUGAAGAACUGUACAUCAGCAGGGUUGGGGAAAAAUGACUGUAAUCAUGGUGAAGAUGCUGGAGUCACCUGCUCAGACGGUGUGAGGUUGGUGAAUGGUGGAAGCCGCUGUGCUGGAAGACUGGAGGUUCUUCAGGAUGGUCGGUGGGGAACAGUGUGUAGUUCUGCCUGGGAUGUGAAAGAUGCUGCAGUGGUGUGUAGAGAGCUGCGCUGUGGGGAGCCUGUAGAUCUGCAGUAUUGGGCUGAUUUUGGACAAGGAUCAGGACCAAUCUGGAUACACGAUUUGUACUGCAGAGGAUCAGAGUCAACACUGAACAACUGUAGCUCACAAGGGGAACAUGCCUGUCGUCAUGGUGAUGAUGCUGGAGUCGUCUGUUCAGGCAGUGUGAGGUUGGUGAAUGGUGGAAGUCGCUGUGCUGGGAGAGUGGAGGUUCUUCAGGAUGGUCAGUGGGGAACAGUGUGUGGUGAUGACUGGGAUCUGGACGAUGCUGCAGUGGUGUGUGGAGAGCUGGGCUGUGGGGGGCCUGGAGAUGCACCACAAAACAGUGACUUUGGAGCGGGAUCAGGACCAAUCUGGCUGGUUGGAGUGCAGUGUAGAGGAUCAGAGUCGACACUGAAGAACUGUAGAUCAGAUGGGAGGGGGGAUUACUGUGGUCACGGUCGGGAUGCUGGAGUCACCUGUUCAGGCAGUGUGAGGUUGGUGAAUGGUGGAAGUCGCUGUGCUGGGAGAGUGGAGGUUCUUCAUGAUGGUCAGUGGGGAACAGUGUGUCAUAAUAGCUGGGAUAUGAGAGAAGCUGCAGUGGUGUGUAGAGAGCUGCGCUGUGGGGAGCCUGUAAAUGUUCGGUAUUUCGCUCACUUUGGACGAGGAUCCGGACCAAUCUGGAUGAAUGAUGUGACCUGUAGAGGAUCAGAGUCGACACUGAAGAACUGUACAUCAGCAGAGUUGGGCAAAAAUAACUGUUAUCAUGGUGGAGAUGCUGGAGUCACCUGCUCAGACGGUGUGAGGUUGGUGAAUGGUGAAAGUCGCUGUGCUGGGAGAGUGGAGGUUCUUCAGGAUGGUCGGUGGGGAACAGUGUGUGGUUCUGCUUGGGAUGUGAAAGAUGCUGCAGUGGUGUGUAGAGAGCUGCGCUGUGGGGAGCCUGUAGAUCUGCGGUAUUGGGCUGAUUUUGGACAAGGAUCAGGACCAAUCUGGAUACACGAUUUGUACUGCAAAGGAUCAGAGUCAACACUGAACAACUGUAGCUCACAAGGGGAACAUGCCUGUCGUCAUGGUGAUGAUGCUGGAGUCGUCUGUUCAGGCAGUGUGAGGUUGGUGAAUGGUGGAAGUCGCUGUGCUGGGAGAGUGGAGGUUCUUCAGGAUGGUCAGUGGGGAACAGUGUGUGGUGUUGGCUGGGAUCUGGACGAUGCUGCAGUGGUGUGUGGAGAGCUGGGCUGUAGGGGGCCUGGAGAUGCAACACAAAACAGUGACUUUGGAGCGGGAUCAGGACCAAUCUGGCUGGUUGGUGUGCAGUGUAGAGGAUCAGAGUCGACACUGAAGAACUGUAGAUCAGAUGGGAGGGGGGAUUACUGUGGUCACGGUCAGGAUGCUGGAGUCACCUGUUCAGGCAGUGUGAGGUUGGUGAAUGGUGGAAGUCGCUGUGCUGGGAGAGUGGAGGUUCUUCAUGAUGGUCAGUGGGGAACAGUGUGUCAUAAUAGCUGGGAUAUGAGAGAAGCUGCAGUGGUGUGUAGAGAGCUGCGCUGUGGGGAGCCUGUAAAUGUUCGGUAUUUCGCUCACUUUGGACGAGGAUCCGGACCAAUCUGGAUGAAUGAUGUGACCUGUAGAGGAUCAGAGUCGACACUGAAGAACUGUACAUCAGCAGAGUUGGGCAAAAUUAACUGUAAUCAUGGUGGAGAUGCUGGAGUCACCUGCUCAGAUGGUGUGAGGUUGGUGAAUGGUGAAAGUCGCUGUGCUGGGAGAGUGGAGGUUCUUCAGGAUGGUCAGUGGGGAACAGUGUGUAGUUCUGCUUGGGAUGUGAAAGAUGCUGCAGUGGUGUGUAGAGAGCUGCGCUGUGGGGAGCCUGAAGCUCUGGGGUAUUGGGCUGAUUUUGGACGAGGAUCAGGACCAAUCUGGAUACACGAUUUGUACUGCAGAGGAUCAGAGUCAACACUGAACAAUUGUAGCUCACAAGGGGAACAUGCCUGUUAUCAUGUGAUUGAUGCUGGAGUCGUCUGUUCAGGUCACAUAAGGCCGAGACUCUCUGCUGGUCCUCACCGGUGCUCUGGGAGAGUGGAGGUGUUUCAUGGAGGUUCCUGGUCCACAGUGUGUGAUGCUGACUUUGACCAGCAGGAUGCAGAGGUUGUGUGCAGAGAGCUGGGCUGUGGGAUUCCUGUGGAGGUGCUGGGAUCAGCUGCUUUUGGCCGAGGGGAGGGUCAGGUGUGGACAGAGGAGCUUCAGUGUAGAGGAACCGAAUCUGAGAUUUACUUCUGUCCAACAUCAUCUUCACUCAAACACUCAACCUGCUCCCAUGACAACGAUGUGGGAUUAAAAUGUUCUGCUCACACAGGGGCGCGGCUGGUGAACGGACCGGACUCCUGUUCCGGUCGAGUGGAGCUCCAGUACCUCAGUGAGUGGGGCACAGUUUGUGCUGUAAGCUGGGAUAUGAGAGCUACAGAUGUUCUCUGUGCACAGCUGGACUGUGGGAGUGCUGUGGCUGUGGUGGAGGUUGACUGGUUUGGGAACGGGAGUGGCCACAUCUGGGCUGAUGUGUUUGAUUGUCAGGGGAAUGAGACACACCUCUCACAAUGUGGCGUCUCAUCAUGGAGUCGAGCUGCAUGCUCUCAUCAACACGAUGCUGGAGUCAUCUGUAAUGGAUCAUCCGUGGCGUUUCAUGAGGGGCGAGUGCAGUUGUCUGGAGGGAGCGAGUGUCAGGGGGAGGUGGAGAUUUAUUUCAGGCAGGACUGGAGGAGAGUUCUCCUGGACUCGUGGAGUCUGUCUGAGGCGUCUGUGCUCUGCAGACAGCUGGGCUGUGGCUCUGUGCUGAACUACCGCUCCUCUCCAUCCACCACUGAACACAAACACAUGUGUGUAAUGGGUUUCAGCUGCUCUGGGACUGAAGCUCAUCUGGGGAACUGCAGCAGAGCACAAAAUGUCAGCUGCAGCUCCGGGGAACAGCUGUACAUCACCUGCUCAGGUAAGUUUAACUCAGACCCCAGGUCCAUCAGGCUGGUUGGUUCUGGUGGAGACUGCGCAGGAAGGCUGGAGGUUUUCCACAGUGGCUCGUGGGGGACAGUGUGUGAUGACUCGUGGGAUAUUGAGGAUGCGCAGGUGGUGUGCAGACAGCUGCAGUGUGGAGAGGCCCUCAGUACCCACAUACCAGCCUGGUUUGGUCCUGGAACUGGGUCCAUAUGGCUGAAUGAGGUGGAGUGUGAGGGGAACGAGACGUCCCUGUGGAACUGCAGAUUUCAGCGGUGUGAAGAGGGUGAAUGUGGACACCAGGAGGACGUAGGAGUCGUGUGCUCAGAGUUUAAAGAGAUCCGACUCACGGAGGGCUGUGAGGGGAAUCUGGAAGUGUUCUACAAUGGAACCUGGGGUAAUGUGUGUCACAAUCAGAUGGAGCAGGAGGUAGAAACAGCAGACAUGGUGUGUCGAGAGCUGAACUGUGGAAGAUGUGGCAGUCUGUCAAACACUGCAGCGAGAGUAAAAUCUGCUCCGAACUGGCUGGAUCAUCUGAAGUGUAGGAAACAUGACUCUAAUCUGUGGCAGUGUCCAUCUUCACCCUGGGGACAGAACCGCUGUGAUAAUGAUAAUGAGGUGGUUCAUAUUACCUGUACAGAUGAUGGAAAGUCUCUCCAUCCACGAGAAAAGUGCUCUUCAUUUCCCUCUCAGAAACAUUGCUCAAAGCCCUGGUCUCUCAGGCUGAGGGGAGAUAAGGGAAGCUGCUCUGGGAGGUUGGAGGUGUAUCAUAACGCUACGUGGGGCUUCAUUUGUGAUGAUCAGUGGAACAUCAGGAACGCGCAGGUGGUGUGCAGACAGCUGGGCUGUGGGUCGGCGCUGAGAGCUGAGAGGAAUGUUCCUGGUCCUGGUGAAGGGACGAUCUGGCUGAACAGAGUGAAGUGUCGAGGGGAUGAGAUUCACCUGUGGGACUGUCAUCAUUCCCUGAAGAACCACACUGGCUGCUCUCAUGCUGGAGUCACCUGUGCAGACAUAUCCACUGUGUCCACAGCGAGACCCACCACCACCACCACCACCACCACCACCACAUCAGUAAGAGCCACUCAAACUCCUCCAUCAGCUGGAGCUCCAUCCAGCCCUCCACUGGUUCUCUUUGUGUUGGGAACGCUGCUCUUCCUGGCCUUAGUGCUUCUGCUGCUCCUGUUUUACCAGAACAGAGCGCUCAGGAGAGAUGUCUCUAAGACGAGGCGUAAGACUCAGCCUGAGGCAGUCUAUGAGGAGAUCAACCACAGAUCCAUCACUAGAAGAAUCAGGAGCUCCACUCAAAGAGGUGAGUGA